UUUGUAACAGUGAACGGCGCAACAAAUAUGUACUUAAAUGUGUGUGAAAAGUGUUUCAGGAAAACGCAACGUUUAACGAAAACGGUGCGAAGUGUCGUCCUCAGGAAUUACCACAGUGAAAAUUCGUUCGGUUUCAAGAGCAAGGUCGACAGUGUGUACAAUGUUACCGAUGAAGUCCUGGACAGCAGAUGCAAACAAAGCAAUUUUUAUAGACUCGUUACGGCGUAUAGAGAACACGCUCAUAAAUGUGCUGACGUUAAUCCCGUAUCGUUAGCCAAAAGUGUAAGUGCCGUUCCUGAAUUAGAGCUACGCCGAUACGGACUGAGCGGGAGCGAACGGGUGAAAUUCGAUCACAUUUUAAACAUCAAUAAGCCGGAGGGUCAGAUAAGCGAUGCGGUGGAAUUCCUGAACGAAGUCUACGGCAGUCAUAUAUCAGCCGAAUUUUUGUAUCUGGAGAGCGAGGAGGAGCGCGAAUGGUUCGCCCAACGGAUGGAGCAACUGCCCGCCGAGGAACUGGCCAAAGAGACAAAACUAAACAUCGCCACGAAUUUAUUGCUGUCGCAGAACUUCGACAACUUCCUGGCUAAAAAGUUUACGGGACUGAAGAGGUACGGUGGCGAAGGGGCCGAGAGCAUGAUGGCCUUCUUCCACGAGACGUUCCGGCUCGCGGCCGCAGAUGGUGUGGAACAAAUAGUAUUAGGGAUGCCGCAUCGGGGGAAGCUUAACGUAUUGACGUGCCUAUUGAAUUUUCCUCCCGUGCGGAUGUUCAGCAAGAUUAAAGGCAAUCCGGAUUUUCCGACGAAAUAUCAGGCAACUGGUGACGUACUAAGCCAUUUAAUAUCGUCGACGGAUUUACAAUUUGAUGGGAAAUCGGUGCACGUGUCCCUCCUUUAUUGCCCAUCGCAUCUGGAGAUAGUCAACCCAAUUUCGAUGGGCAAAACCAGGGCGAAACAAAUGGCUGUUAAAGACGGUGAUUACGGCACUCAUAAUCGAUGGAGCGACAAAAUCCUCAACGUACAGGUUCACGGAGAUGCCGCGGUGAACGGACAGGGCGUGAACCAGGAAUGUCUGACGCUGAGCCGCACCCCGCACUUCGAGAUCGGCGGCACCAUCCACCUGGUGGUCAACAACCAGGUGGGCUUCACCACGCCGGCCGAACGGGGCCGCUCGUCGCGCUACUGCACCGACCUCGCCAAGAUGAUAUCCGCCCCCGUGAUCCACGUGAACGGCGACUUCCCCGAGGAGGUGUACAAGGCGACGCGGCUCGCGUUCGACUACCAGAGGCGGUUCCGCAAGGAGAUCUACGUCGACCUGAACUGCUACAGGAAAUGGGGACACAACGAGCUGGACGAUCCGACGUUUACGAACCCGUCCCUGUACAGCAUCAUCAGGAGUCGGGGCACCGUACCGGACAUGUACUGUGGUAAAUUAAUCAACGAUGGAGUUUUGAGCGAAGAACAGAAAGACAAAAUCGUGAAUGACCACUGGAAGUGGCUCGAAGGACACUUAAAGGCUUCGGACGACUAUCAACCUGAAGAUCUGGCCUUCAAAAGACAAUGGGAAGGAAUCUCUCAACCUGAGGAAAGUAUCACGACUUGGGACACCGGAAUAGAUCUCGAUUUAAUGACUUUCAUCGGAGAAAAGUCUGUCAAGUAUCCAGAGCGAUUUGAAAUACACCCAACAUUGCUGCGGACCCAUGUCAAACCGAGACUUUCCAAGAUAGCCGAAGGAACUAACAUCGAUUGGUCAACUGCGGAAGCCCUGGCUCUUGGUUCAUUAUUAUUUGAAGGUUACAACGUGAGGAUAAGCGGACAGGACGUCGGCAGAGGAACGUUCUCUCACAGGCACGUGAUGCUGGUGGACCAGUCGACGAACAAUCUUUACAUCCCGUUGAACAACAUACAUCCGAAUCAGAGCACCUUCCUGGAAGUGGCGAACAGUAUAUUGUCGGAAGAAGCCGUCCUCGGCUACGAAUACGGAAUGAGCGUGGAAAAUCCCAACAAUCUGAUAAUAUGGGAGGCGCAGUUCGGCGACUUUUUCAACGGUGCCCAAAUCGUUUUCGAUACGUGCAUUUCCGGCGGGGAAACUAAAUGGUUAUGGAGCAGCGGCAUUGUGGUGCUUUUGCCGCACGGGUACGACGGUGCGGGCCCCGAACACAGUUCCUCCAGGGUCGAGCGAUUCUUGCAGUUGUCCGAUUCGAGGGACGACAGAGUGGACGGUGACAACGUGAACAUGCAGAUCUGUCAGCCGAGUACGCCGGCACAGUAUUUCCAUCUUCUCAGACGACAGAUGGUUAGAAAUUUCCGCAAACCUCUAAUAAUAAUAACACCAAAGACACUAUUAAGACUCUCCUCGUGCACCUCAUUAUUUGCUGAUAUGGCUCCAGGGACCACUUUUAAACCAGUAAUAGGCGAGAAGCAAUUCGAAACAUCAGUCAUCACAAAAAUCCUCCUAACCGCCGGAAAGCAUUAUUAUUCCCUUGCAGAAAAACGAAAAGCCAUGGGAAUAAAGGACACCGCGAUCUUGAGGGUGGAAUCGUUCUGCCCGUUCCCAACAUUGGAACUUCGUCACGAACUUUCCAAAUAUUCGAACGUCAAGAGCAUAAUCUGGUGUCAAGAGGAGCCGCAAAAUAUGGGGGCGUGGACGUUCAUCAAGCCCAGAUUUGAAAACAUGAUCGGGCGACAGAUAAAAUAUUGCGGAAGGCAAACUAUGGCGACGCCAGCCGUUGGAGUGGGAAAAAUUCAUCGUCAGGAGGCCGAAGAUAUCGUUACGAAACCUUUUUUGAUGGACACCGACUAUUGAUCAACUUUCAAUAAAAAAAUUUAUUCAA